ACUAUUACGGGAGUGUUUGAUUGUUUUCAUUGGCUUGUACAUUUCAGACAAUGUGUGGUAAUCGAGUUAGUGCGUAAACGAACUGAUACUGAAACAACAAACACACAAAGCUGUUAGCAUAAGGUAUCCUUACUGGAAAAAUAGCACCGGUGCCUCUCAUUAGUGACUCAUCAAAGGACAUAAAUACAGAGCAUCGUGCUCGUGUGGGCUGAGCCCGUCAACCGAAACAAGUCGCUAACUACAAGAUGAAGAUCAAAUCCAGUCAUCCAAUGUACUUCUGAUAUUAAAAACCAACAUUUAUCGUUAUUCUUCAUGAGUUACCAAAAAUAACUAAAAAUGCCAGAAGGCAGUAGAAGUGCCAAUCAGCACGCAAGUUCUGCGUCUAUCGGUGAUGGUGACACACAAACUGACCAAUGUCCAAAACAUUUCAAAAUUGCAUCUUCAAGACUUCGGAAGAGAUGUCUGUUUCUUCUAGUUCUCGGAUUGAUGAUCAUGAUGAUAGUGAAUUUGGCUCUUACGCUGUGGAUGCUGAAGGUUAUGGAAUUUUCUUCGGCAGGGCUGGGAAACUUGCGGGUGGUGCCAGGAGGAUUGCAUUUGACAGGCAAAGCGUACGUCAUGGGACCGCUCACGGCGUCUUCGAUCAGAUCGAAGCCGGGACAGCCGCUCACGGUCGAAUCGACGACAAACUUUACCAUCAACACCCGAGACGCCAACGGGAUGCUGAAGAACAGAAUGUACUUAGGUGACGACAAAUUAGAGGUUUGGGCUUCCUCGUUUAUAGUGAUGGAUCACAGAGGCGUGCCUUUAUUUUCUGCAAAUCCUAAAGAAGUAAUAGUGGGAUCCGAAACGUUGCACGCCGCUGGCGAAGGUGGUGCACAUUUUACAGGUUCAAUACAAACUCCUGCCGUGAAAUCUGAACCUGGACAUAAUUUAAGACUGGAAUCCAGUACCAGAUCUAUAGAAAUAAGAUCUCCAAAGGGAGUAAUAAUUGAAUCUAGGGCUUCCGAUUUGAAAUUUGAAAGUCUUAGUGAUCUCGCCAUACAUUCUGUGGCAGGAAAGAUUCGUCUAGAAUCUCCGGAUGUCCGAAUACCAAAUAUCAGAACUGCAACUCCAUCUCAGCCAACAAGUCACAGAAGACAAGAAGAUGACCGAACUGGUGGCAGAUGGCACCAAGUCUACCAAUUGUGCGCUUGUGCCAACGGAAGACUAUUCCUGGCUCAACCUCAUGGACUUUGCGCAGCCAGGGACGACUCUGAUAGAAUCUGCCGAUAGUUAGAAACAGAGUAGUACUUAAUUAAAGGAUAAAGGACAAAGCCUAGUCAUUCAUAUAGAUCUGUAUUUCUGGGACUGCACUUUGGAAGUGAGCUAAAUUGGAUCCACAAGUCAACGACAUCACUAGCUCGGUGCCAAUACAUAAAU